GGAGUACAAGGGCACAACGUUCAACGGCCAUUGCUCUAGGGUUUAUACCUCUCAGUGGGAAUGUCGCAGAGCGGGAAAUUGAUGCCAAAUCUUGACCGGAACAGCACGAAGUUGCUGAACCUCACCGUCCUUCAACGGACGGAUCCAUUCAUCGAGGAAAUUCUCCUCACCGCAGCGCACGUCACCUUCUACGAAUUUAAUAUUGAGACAAGCCAAUGGAGUCGAAAGGAUGUCGAAGGAUCUCUCUUUGUUGUUAAGAGGACUUCUCAACCUAGGUUCCAGUUCAUCGUAAUGAAUCGCAGAAAUGCAGACAACUUAGUUGAAGAUCUUUUGGGGGAUUUUGAGUAUGAUGUCCAGGUUCCAUAUUUAUUAUACCGGAAUGCUGCCCAAGAAGUGAAUGGUAUAUGGUUUUACAAUGCUCAUGAAUGUGAAGAAGUUUCCAAUCUAUUCAAUAGGAUUAUAAACGCAUAUUCAAAGGUUCCUACAAAGUCAAAAGUACCUCCAGUCACGAGCAAAUUUGAAGAGCUGGAAGCAGUUCCAAGUAUGGAUGUAAUUGAUGGUCCCUUGGAGCCACCAAAUGCAACCACUUCUAAUCGCAGAGAUACUCCAGAUGAGCAUAACUUUGUGAACUUUUUCAGCUCCGCAAUGUCAAUUGGGAGCGCUUCCAAUUCACUAUUUCCCGGACAUCAUUCUCAUUCAUCUGCAAGCACUACUCAAACUCCAUUUUCUCAGAAUGACACUCGUACCCCUAUUGCACACGUUCAGACUCAACCUGUUGUAAUGCCUAACCCAAUGCAUCUCUUUGAGGCACCGCCUGAAGCAGAAGACAGUAGCAGUAAAAGGUCAACAAAUUUGAUAAUGCCAUCUUUGUUUUUUGGUCCGAAUCCUUCCGCUUCCGCAUUAGUAACAAUACCCUCACCCCCUUCAUCUAUGCCCACUGCUCCUCCACUUCAGCCUCCUGCUGGGACUGUAGGGCGCCCAUAUGGUGCCCCUUUGCUUCAGCCAUAUCCUCCACCUUCACCCCCUCUAUCCCUCACUCCUGCUGCUCCUCCAAACAAUGGGAUUGUGAUUAGCAGAGAUAAGAUCCGCGAGGCCCUUCUCAUUCUUGUUCAGGAUAAUGCGUUCAUUGACAUGGUUUGUGAGGCACUACUGAAGUGUAAAGAGUGAACUUUAUUUUGAGACAUUUAGAAAAAAAGUGAUAAAUUUGUUCAGUAUACAAUUUUUAGCUUUUUGAGUAAUUUUAGAGGUAUAUCAAGUUAGACACUAAUUGCCCGCAAAGCAUAGCCCAAUUGAUUCCGGAAGGGGCAGAUUUGCAACAAGGUGUAUGGGACUAUGGGUCGAUUUUCCGUUGCGUGUACGCUGUGUAGUGUGUGAGUGAUAUUCUGAGACUAUUUUGGACUAAAAGAAUGAGCUCCUU